AUGACGAUCGACGAAUACAUUGAACGUCAAACCGAUCUCUUCAGGCGCAUCUGUCGCACUUUCGAAAACUUGCGCAAGCUCGGUGAAGCAAGAACAACCCUCGGGCAAGUGCAAUCGCGAUUAGAUGCUUUAAAUUCAAAUUGGCUGAAGUUCCAACACAUGCACGAGACAGUCGAUCAAAUUAGAAUCGCAGCAAAAGGAGAUCAACUCGACGCUAUCAAGAGACUUUCGUAUUUCGCGAAAGACUAUUACGGACAGUGCGAAGAGCUAUACUUAAACGCGAAGGAAGAGAUGCUCGAUCUACUCGGAACUCUCAAGACUCUAUCGGCACCGAUCGUGCCAACCGCCGUAGCCCCCCAACUCACUACUGGAGGAGCCUCAAAACGGCUACCACGCAUCGAAUUGCCUACGUUCUCGGGCAAUUACUCAGACUGGAAGUCUUUCCACGACCUCUUUACAUCAAUCGUUCGCGAAAAUUCGCAACUCUCGGAAGUGGAAAAACUGCACUACCUAAAAACAAGUCUUACCGAUAAACCGUCACAACUCAUUGAAAACAUCGCUCUUACCGCUGAAAACUUCCCUCAAGCGUGGAAAACUCUCGUAUCGCGGUACGAAAACAAGAGACUUUUGACGGAUUCUCAUCUCGCGACACUUUUCGCGAUUCCUCGUGUUACGAAAAAGUCGUCAUCAGAACUGAAGAGCUUGCACAGCAACACUUGCGAAGCUCUUGGCGCACUCGAACUUCUCGAUAGUCCCGAGAAAUUAGGGGAUCACAUCAUCCUGCACAUGACGAUUCGCAAGCUCGACCCAGCAUCUCUCGAAGAGUGGGAGAAAAGUGUUAGCGAGAAACUCGAGCCCCCCACGUUUGCGGAGCUCAAGGCGUUUCUCAUCGGUCGCAUCCACACCCUCGAAGCCGUGGAGCAAGCUCAUGCUCACAAUCAAAUCGCGACGUCGAAACCGCACCCAUCGCAAGGAAGGUCAAAUCUUCAGACGACAAGGUCACAUACAGCGCAAUCAAAUGAACAGUCGUGUGCUUGUUGCAAAGGCAACCACUACAUCGCGUUCUGUUCGACCUUUCGCGACAAAUCUCUGGAUCAAAGAAGGAAAGUGGUUUCUGCGAAAAAGCUUUGCUUCAAUUGUCUCGGUCCACAUCAGCAGAAGGACUGUCGAUCCAACAAAACGUGUCGCGUGUGCAACGGUCGACAUCAUUCCUUGCUGCAUCGAAACUCUUCUUCAAUCUCGACAGCUGCUAACAGCGGCACAUCUCAAGGACAGGCUGCAGUAGCGCAACCAGCAGUGCAGAACGCACCGAUCUCGAAUAGCGCCUCUCAGGUGAGCAACCACUCAGCUCAGCCUACAAUGAUCAAGCGCUCUCCAGUUCUUCUCGCCACAGUGCAAUUGAUCGCUUCGAAUCCGGAGACUGGAGAAAGAAUCAUCGCUCGCGCUGUACUCGAUCAAGGAUCCGAAAGUUCAUUCGUCACGGAGUCGCUAGCGCAACAAUUGCGACUACGUCGGCAUCAAGCAACGAUACCGAUCAUUGGCGUGGAGGCACUCGUGCUUCCACGACUCACAUCGUAUCCACCCUCAUUUCGACUUCUCGUCGAAGACUGGCCUCAUCCACGAGGACUCAACCUCGCGGAUCCAAGCUUUGCACAUCCCAGUCAAAUCGACGUAAUUCUCGGAGCUGACAUCUACAGCAACAUCAGUGGUCAAGGAGUUCGAAGAGGAGCACCAGGACCACCAAUCGCGCAAGAAACUCAGUUCGGUUGGGUCCUCUCCGACUGCGUUUCAGCGGAAGCAGCAAGCCACUCGUAUAGCGCAGUCCAAGGCUUCCAAUGCUCCCUCGAUGACGAACUGCUCGAUCUCGUGCAGCAGUUUUGGAAGCAGGACGAAGUGUCGAAACCUUUGGCACUAACUUCCGAAGAAGAGCGUUGUGAGCAACACUUUCGCCAAACGGUUUCUCGAACUGCGUCCGGUCGUUACGUAGUUCGGCUGCCGCUCAAAGACAAUUCGGUAGAGCUCGGCAACUCGCGGAAUCCCGCGCAUCAAAUGCUCCUUCGUUUGGAGAAACGGUUCGGUAGCGACGCGAAACUCAAAGAGGCUUACUCGAGCUUCCUUUGUGAAUAUCGUUAA